UAAAACGGUUUGUUAUUGAAAUAAAAUUUUAUUUGCUGUAUAGAUUGGGAUCCUUCCAGACUUUCUGAGAAAUCUAUGGAAUUUUAAAUUUCAACCUAAGUGUAUUUGUGUAUUUACUAUACGAUAAUGUUCGUAAUAACCUAUUUUAAUAUUUUAUUUGUUGCCUUGCUUUUUGAUAACGUUACAAGCACUGCAAAUGUGAAAAAUGAAAGAAAAAUUACAGGCAAAGUGGUAGUUGUCACGGGAGGAACAAAAGGUGUCGGUUAUGCUAUAGCUGAUAACUUCUUAAAAAACGGUGCUAAAGCAGGUAUUUUACUUGGCACAAAUGUCACGGAAGGUGAAAGAGCCGAGAGAAAGCUAAAUUCCAAAUACGGAAAGAAUAAAGCUGAGUACAUCGAAUGUGAUAUCACAACGGACUUGGACACAGUUUCAAAACGAAUCCUAAAGAAGUACAGAUACGUGGAUAUACUUGUGAACAGCGAAACAAUAGCCGACGAAUAUAACCCUAGGAGUAUUAUACUAAUAAACACCGUCGGUACGAUUGAAUGGUCAACUAGAUUUUUUAAAAGCAUGAGAAAGGACAAGGGUCAAGGUAGGGGCGGUGCCAUAAUUAAUGUAGCGUCCGUGGCUGCCCAUAACAUUGAUCCUACAUAUGUCACAUACAGGGCAUCAAAAUUCGCCGUUUUAGCAUUCUCACAAUCACUGGGCCAUCUGUAUAAUUACAACAUUACCGGUGUGAGAGUGAUCACACUGUGUCCAGGACCGACCGAUACGCCGUUGGUCUAUAAGGUUUAUUCCUUAUACGAUUUAGAUCUUGUAAAGAAAAUUAUUAAAUAUUAUAACUUUGCUAAAAUACAAUCGCCGGACAACGUAGGCAGAGGCGCGGUGGAAGUAUUCAGAAAUGCUGAAAGUGGCACUUCUUGGGAUAUCGCCGAUGAGAAGCCUCCCGUCGAGUCGGCUAAUACCAUAAACAUAGUACCAUUCGAAGAGAUUGAUGACGAUGAGAACACUCAUGCACAGAAGGAAAAUAAAGCCGAUAAUUCCAAUGACGACAGUUCACUGAUUUCUACUGAGGUUGCACUUUAAAUUUUAAUACAUUUAAUAGACGAGUCCACGGAAUAG